UCUAGAGUAAGUUACCUAGUCGUAUCCAUAUAUGACUGAGGAUAGGGCUUGCGCAAAGGAAAUCUAUGGAAGAGCCACCUACGUGGUGAAUGUCGUCAUCGAUGGGGCUGGAGCUCAUCGUAUGGAUAAACUGCCGGGUGAUUGGAAGAUACCCCUUGGGCCCAGUAUUUCCUCCGCCCCGCCGCUCGCAUCGAUCAAUUCCUCCAUCUUCCAUCCUUGUCCCGUUCCUUGAGAGUCCCCGUCACCAUGAUAUUUCCUUUCUCUAGUACCUGGUAAAGCUGGUGGAAGUGCCGAGUAGUGCGGACAGAGAACAUCGGCUCCUACUCGACAAUCAUCCUCGAUCUCCCAAUCGUCUUUUAAGUUUUAUGCGCCAUGGUCAUCUACUGGUCCGAACGCUCGUCGUAUGGUCGAUUUAAGCAUUGAAUUCGAAACCAUUGUCCGGCAAACCGAAAGCACGAGAAGACCUUACCGGUCGCGCGAACCAUAAUAGUGUUAUCCAGGCACAUUGGAUCGCUAUCUGUCCUGGUGGCCUUAAUCCAUCGAUCCCGGCCGCUUUGUGGCGACAUCCUCUACCAAAUCUCAAAACUACCAACAUGGACGCGCCUUCUAUUCACCCCCAAUCAGGUGACGGCAACUCGCGGGCUGCAAUGGUUCCCCUGGACUCUUCCGGUACUCAAAAUACAGUUAUGAUCGCCUCGAAGCCUCCAGCCUCGCGUACCUCACAACUGUCAAAUAUACCUCCCCGAAGCAGCUUGUCCGGCAAGAAGCAAACUGCCAAUGCGAAAGUGGCCAUACCGCGGCAGAGAACGGGUGUCGUUUCCGCUUACAGUCGACGUGUGCCUCUUGCCUGCGAAUCCUGCCGGGGGCGGAAAACUAAGUGCAGCGGCGACACGCCAGUUUGCAGACAGUGCAAAGAAUUGAGGGUGACUUGUAAGUACCCAGCAUCAUGGAGGGAGCGAACCAAAGGGCAAUUGGACAGUCUCUCGACAAAGGCCGAAGCGUAUGAGAAGCUAUUGAGAGACAUUGGAAACAUUGUCGAUGGUAGGACUGCAGAACAAAUUCGAAUCACUCUGGAUAAGUAUUCUGGCUCGGGUGGCGAGCGGGCUUCUACCGGCUCGCAGUCUAGUUCAGCCACGCCGCAGGAUAAAGACAACUACCUUGAAGAAAUGAGCUCCUCGUCGUCUAUUGGAUCCCUAGAUGCCAUCGACCGCGUGGAUGAGGAUGUAAAUCGAACCCCGAAUUCUCGAGCUACUGGUUACAUGGGGAAAAACUCGGAGGUUACCUGGAUGCAGAGAUUACGGAUGGAGACAGAACAGCGCGUCCGGAAGGAACCAGGGCGCUACGAAGCUGAGCCGAAAGGGGAAUUUGCCCUCCAUUCGAUGAAUUAUCAUUUGGACGAUCUAGAUGUCUCGGUUCCCGGCCCUGUGCAAGUGUAUUGGAUUCCUCCUCGUCCUUUGGCGGACAAGUUAUUUGAAGACUACUUGGAAACGGUGCACCCGUUUUAUCCUAUCAUCAGCCGUACACUAUUUCGUGCCCAAUACAGAACCUUUUUUGACAGUGCUGCUCGGCCUGGCGAUAAAUGGCUGGCCAUCCUUAACUUGAUAUUCGCCAUCUCCGCCAAACAUGCUCAUCUAACGCAGGCACCGUGGCGUGGCGAUGACAAUGAUCAUUUAGUCUAUUUAACUCGGGCCCGGAUCCUUAGCAUGAAUGGUGAUGCUCUGUUUAGCCAUCCCGACCUGCAGCAAGUACAGGUCGAGGCCUUGGUUGCUUUCUAUCUUAUGGCAUCAAACCAAAUUAACCGAGCUUGGAAGAUCACCGCGUUGGUUGUUCGUUCCGCAAUCUCACUCGGGUUGAAUAUGAAGAACACUAGCGAAAGCACGCCUGGAAUCUCAAAGGAGGCGCGAUAUAGGGUCUGGUGGUGUGCCUAUACUUUUGAACAUAUGCUCGGGAUCAUGACGGGCAGAGUUUCUUGCAUUACAGAUGGGAUAUGUACGACGCCUUUGCCUCUACCGUUCGAGGAAGACCAGCUUCAAGAGCCAGCUGCAGCUAAGCUUCUCAACGACCAAGACCUUCGCCAGGAGCUGGUAGAAUCGGCUUUGGCAAGUACCCUUGUUCGCCACAUGCCCUCAAAUCCCCCGGGAGGUAAGGAGACUCGACAUACAGACAAAUUGCGUGACGCUUCCUGGCUGAAGAGCCAGCCCAUCAGUAAAACACUUAUAUUCCUUUAUUAUGUGGACCUGGCAGUUGUCGCUCAGGAAAUCGUUAACCGAGUGUAUUCGCUGGACUGUGCCGUAGUACCCUGGAGGCACAUUGAGAACCGCAUUGGGGAGCUUCGAUCCCGAAUUGACAUAUGGUACGCCAACCUUCCGGAGGCAUUGGACUUCACCCGGCGAGAUGACCAAGGUGUGGAUAUGCUUCGUGGAAAGCUUUUCUUGGCGUUUCACUACUACAGUGCUCGAAUCACCUUGGGACGUCCGUGCCUGUGUCGCCGCGAUGCUCGGCAUACUAGCCCUCAGCAGAAACCCUCUUUCAGCCAUGAUAUGGCAGAGAUAACUCUAGAUUCUGCACGGCAGAUGCUGGACUUGAUUCCAGACGAACCUAAUGCUGUCCAACUCUACCAUGUUUGCCCUUGGUGGUGCGUUCUGCACUAUCUUAUGCAGACGGCUACAGUUCUCCUGCUCGAGUUGUCAUUUGGUUGCAUUCAUAUGCCAGCUGAAGAGCGAGGUAUCUUUGAAGCGUCAAAAAAGGCCAUACGCUGGCUCUUUGCCAUGUCCGAAUGUGGCCUCCCGGCACGGCGUGCAUGGGAGCUGUGUGACAGUAACCUUCGACGAAUCGCCAUCGGCAUGGAUUAUGACUUGAGUGAUCUGCCAGUCUUAAAUUAUGACCCAACCUCGCACGUACAUAUGGCCCCGAAUGCUGGUGGCAGUGCAGGUAUGGAUGUACCUGUCAGCCAGACAGCGCCGCUUAUACCUGUUUUCUACGAUACAGUCGGCGGCCCAAAUCAACAGCCGGCUCAGACUCAGUACCAUUAUGACCAGAGCCAGCAAGCGUACUCUGGAGUCCCAGCGAUUGAUCCGGCCUCGUUAACCCUUGCACUUUCUGCCCCCGGAACCGAUGCCUUCUUCCCUUAUGACCCCAUCAGUGGGGAGUUUAUUCGCUCCUUCUUCCCCAUUCCCAAUGAGGAAGAGUCAUGGGAGCAAAACUAAGAUGUUUGCAGAAUCCUUCAAUUCUCUGUACAAAAUAAUUUUUGCCACUACCACUACUACUACCUCCGUUGUUUAGGGCUUGCUUACCUGUGUUUUAUAUGUUGUUCUUCUUUCACAAAGUUCUUGAUAAAUGUUUUAUAUCAAUUUGUUUCAGUGCGGUCUUUUGGCACGGGCUGGGGUUUCACGGCAUGUCAUCAGUGUGCAAGGAGUUAUCGUAAGGGAGACCGGGAGUUUGUCAUACGGAGCUUCGAAUAGAUGAUGGGUGGCUGGCUCGUGAUAUUAUGUUGUUUAUUUGGAUUUUCUCGGGAACGUUUACGUCUAACGAAGUUCGAAAUCAAAUUCUCAUUUCAAGACGAAUUACUUUCGUUAAAGAGUCAAACUUCAUAUAAAACACAAGCAUCUUAACUCUGUGCUAUGUACUAUUAUUAAACCUGGUAUCUAACAUCUCUAUCAUAC